AUGGAGCAAGCACGACAUUGGAUGUGGACAAAGCGAAAACAUGGCUUGAUUUCUCAUGUUCAAGCGUCAACCAAUCCUUCGUGUGGUGAUUCAUGGGAAGAAAAAGCCUUCGCAGAAGAUGCAGCUGGACCUCUUGGAGGGUGCAUAUGGCCUCCGAGAUCUUACACUUGCAGUUUUUGUAGAAGAGAAUUCAGGUCAGCUCAGGCUCUAGGUGGUCACAUGAAUGUCCACAGGAGGGAUAGAGCUAGACUUAAACAAUCUCCAAAUCCCCAUAGUGAAAUUCUUCAUCUUCACCAUGAAAAUCAUCUUCAAAAUAUUCCUUGUAGAUCCUUGGAUGUUCAUCAAUAUCCGUCUCAACUUUGUACCUUGGUUUAUAAACCCAACCCUGAUUCUAAUAAUCAAGGUGUUCUUGCGCCAACUUCCUCACCUUCUAGGGUUUCAGUUCCACCUAUACAACAGAAAUGUCUUGAAACCACCUUUGUCCCUCCUUUCUCUUCUUCUGUUGUCCAAGAAGUACACAACAAGAGGACCUCCUUAUCUUCGCCAUCCUCAUGGUCAAGUUCGGUUGCAGACAGAUACUUCCAUAGCUCCAAUCCAAAAAAUGGAGGAGCAAACAACUCAGAACUAUUUCGAUGUGGGGAGAACAGGGACUAUGUCAAAGCUGAUUUGUCCGUGAGCUUGAAUUUGGUUGUUUGUCGAGCUUGCCCAACCGAGUCUAGUGCCAAGGAGGAUGCCAUGAGCUGCAAGAGGCGGAGAAUUGAUACGACGCCAUUACCUUUCUUCAUGAAACAAAGUUCAGUUGAUAGAAAUCAUCUUGAAUCAGACGUAGUACUUGACCUUAGCCCUAAGAAGAUAGAGGAUUUAGAUCUUGAGCUGAGGCUCGGCGAUCCUCCAAAGGUGAAGUAGAAUUGUAAACUCAUGUCCUUAUAUGAUAUCACUUGUUUCUUCCGUUCAUUUCUGUUGUUUUUCAUUUUCUUUCCUCCCCUUUUUUUUUUCUUUUCUUCCUUUUGGUCUCUAAAGGUCAAGGCCUCUUCACUUUGAGUAUGAUCGAUCACUUGCUUCUGAUCUCUUAGUACUUUUGAGUUUGCAGCAUGUAC